AUGAAUUGUCCAUCUCGGACUGACGACACCUUGCUGCAUGAUGGGUGGAAUCAGAACCCGCGCUUCCUUUCUCCUGACCUAACUACCCGCCAAGACCUCAAUGGCAUCUCAAACAGCCGCGAGAACAAAGACGAUGAGUCUGGUCCGGGCACUUUGCGGGGAACCUCUGAUUGGAAGGGCGUUCUUCCGCUAGAGAAAAAGGAUACAGGGAAUCACCUUAGCGCGGGGCGCGAGGCGUCCCUGACAAUGUCAGGACGCCUCGCUCCCCAAAAUACCUACAUUGGAAUUGGUCAGAAAGGACUGAAUCCAAAUAACAAUGUUUUUCCAUCAUAUCAGAGUAUCAAGGAUUGGGCAUUGUGGCUCCUCUCCGUGCUUCUUGUCUCGGCAGUCAUUUCAUUCGACAGUCUGAGGCGGUAUUUCACACCUAAACCUCUCAUACUGGAAGCACCUGCUGUACAACAGUAUACAGAGCCAGUCAAACGAUCAAGUUGUGCUCAGGGAGGUACCCGCGGUGCAUACGACCUACCUCUGCACGUUGCGGCCCUCUUCAUCAUCCUGGCCACUUCAAGCAUUGCGUGUGCAUUCCCCAUUCUUGCAACUCGAUUCCCACGAAUGCAUAUCCCACCCGCAUUCCUUUUUUUCGUCACCCAUUUUGGAACUGGCGUCCUCAUCGCCACAGCAUUUGUGCAUCUCCUUCCGACGGCGUUUACUUCGCUGGGAGACCCAUGUCUAUCUAAUUUCUGGACAAAGGACUACCCAGCCAUGCCGGGCGCCAUUGCCUUGGCUGGUAUAUUCUUCGUUACAGUCAUCGAAAUGGUAUUCAGUCCAGCCCAGAGUAUCUGCCGUGGAGGAAAGCAGGUUCCACCCGAAAGGCCAGCUUCCUGUCCUGCGGAUGCGAGGACAGCUUCAAUUCCAAACCUUGAUGUCCCUGCAUAUCCCGAAGACUCUAGAGUGCCGAGCUCGCCCUCCGCUGGAAUGGAUGGCCGUCAUUUGCGAGAUAUGGGUCCGCUAAUUGGAAGGUCUGCGAGCAUAAGCCGGGCUAUCAAUCGCAUGGGCGAAGGCACUGAAGAUAUAGUUCGAGUUGCGUCUGCGUCUGAUGUUCGAACUCAUCACGAGAAGGAUAACGGGGCUAUCCAGACAGAUGUGGAGCGUCAUGACGAUACCUUUGCCUUAACCCCUGAGCAGAAGCAGAAGAAAGAGACCAUGCAGGUCUACCUUCUUGAGAUGGGCAUUCUUUUCCACAGCGUGUUUAUCGGCAUGUCACUCAGUGUAUCGGUUGGCAGUGAGUUUGUGAUUCUGCUGAUUGCAAUUGUAUUUCAUCAAACAUUUGAAGGCCUGGCGCUUGGAUCCCGCAUUGCCUCACUUCCCUGGUCAGAAAAGCAAAUCCAGCCCUGGAUCAUGUCCCUUGCGUACGGAUGCACCACCCCAAUCGGGCAGGCUAUUGGUCUCGCAACCCAUACACUCUACAGCCCCGACUCGGAGGUUGGUCUGCUCGUUGUCGGCGUCAUGAAUGCCAUGUCAGCUGGACUUCUGAUUUUUGCUUCGCUAGUGGAGUUGAUGUCGGAAGACUUUCUCAGUGACGAGAGCUGGCGCAUCCUCCGUGGGAAGAGAAGGGUUUAUGCCUGCAUCCUGGUAUUUUUGGGUGCUUUCUGCAUGAGCAUCGUCGGCGCCUGGGCCUAA